AUGAUCGUUCCCGUUAGAUGUUUUUCGUGUGGCAAGGUUGUGGGAGACAAGUGGGAAAGUUAUUUGAACAUGUUGCAAGAAGAUGAGCUUGAUGAAGGUAGCGCUCUUACAAAAUUGGGUUUGAAAAGAUACUGUUGCAGGAGAAUGAUUCUAACGCAUGUUGAUCUGAUUGAGAAAUUCUUGAGAUAUAACCCGCUAGAAAGAAGGGAUUAG